GUGUUUGUGUCUGAGGUUGGUCAGGUUAUGUUCAUUGGUGACUCACAGCGAGCAGAUGUAAAGGUCAAAGCCGUCUUUUUUCACUUUAAGAGCAGGUGAUGCAUGAAAAGAGUAAAAUAUUACUUGGAGCUGUUGCUGAAAGGAAAUCAGUUUUCCAAUGCUUCUCUAACUCCUCCCCACUUGCUGAUUAGUCACUCACUCUUGACCAAUCAAAUCCCUGAAUGUCUUUCUUAGGAGUGAACUUUAACCAUCAACACCCAGCUCAAGCAAACUUUGACCUUCCAGAUCCAAGCUACAUUAGCCAAAGUCAGAACAAAAUGGUUUCCUAUUUUUGUGAUUCAGGAAUUUGGGAUUUUUAUUUGAUGUAAAGAUGAUGCAGAACAUGUUUCAGGAGGGGCUGUACCAUGUGUUCUUCAAGGAUUCCCCUGCCGCCCAGCCCCAGAGCCAGGCCUCGGAUGAUGCAGAGCUCAGCAAUGCCAGGAUUCAUCGUUGGUUUGGAACUGUGGUUAAUACAAGGCUGCUGAUCAUCGGGGUCGUCCAGCUCCUCUGUUCGUUUGCUGCCAUUCUUGCUACAGUCGGCUAUGCAUGCGUGAGGUAUGACUGCUCGGUUUCCAUGAUAUCUCCUGUGUGGUCCAGCCUAUUUUAUGUGGCUGCUGGAUGUCUGGCAAUAGAAGUUCAGAGGAAAGCUGGCAAAGUGAAGAUAAUGGUAUUGAUGGGUCUGAACCUUUUCAGUCUGCUGUUUGGAUGUUCUGCCCUGCUAGCCAACGGUCUUGUUUCAGCACCACCUGCCUCACUCAGCACAUACCAGCAGCGGGCAGGUUCCUAUGUGGUGAAGGCGAGCUCCAUCCUGUUUAACAUCCAGUGUUUUCUGGGGUCGGUCUACAUCAUUUUCCUAUCGUGGAGAGGCCUUCAUCGCUACAGUUCUCCUCAUCCUCAGACCUACAGCCGCAUCCCACUGGAUCCAGAAAAUACUCGCAGCUCUUUGCUGGAACAAGAGGAGCUGGAUCUGUGACAGUCCAAGAUCUCAAAAACAACAUUCAUUUCUGAGCUGGUACAUAUUGGUACCAAGCCUCUGUCAGGACUCUGAUGUGAUUACAAUGAAAACGCAUCAUUUCACAGAGCAGUUACUUCAAAUCAUGUUUUUAGAAAAAUGUAACAUUCAGCUUUUUAAAAAGUAACCACACUCUAACUAUAUUCUAACUUAUUUCUGACAAAUAAAGGCCUAAAUCAAUCCACUAUCAUGAACUAUGUGAUAGAAAUGUAAGUUUACAUGUUUGGUUUAAAGUUCUAACACUAAUAAAAUCUUGCAUUUUACCUAAA